CUGUCUAGAGUGGAGCUCCACUCUGCAGUUGGACCCUUCUCGUUUGCGUCGACACAUAGCUUUCUGGAAACAAAUUAUGUCCCUAAUUUUUGUUCCGGAGAAAAUACGAGGUAAAAUGCAUCUCCCGGAGGAUACAGUGCAAAGGCUGCUAGAUGAAAAUGAUCAACUUAUCCGAUGUAUAGUCGAAUACCAGAACAAAGGAAGAGCUGCUGAAUGUUCACAAUAUCAGCAGGUUUUACACAGAAAUCUAAUUUUCCUGGCCACCGUAGCAGAUGCAACUCCAAAUUACGUGACAAAACCAGCAGUCUGAUAAACCAAAACAAGAAGGAACAAUCCAUGGAUCACUUGGCAGCCCUUAUUCCUGAUCUUUAUGAUAGUCGAUGCACUGCCAUUUAAAUAAACACAUUGCUAGGAAAUGACCAUUAUUAAAGGGACUUUAAACUCAAAUCUCCCUUUUAAAAUGAUGAUUCUUGAAUGGCCAACAAAAAAGUAAAUUUAUUUUCCUGAUUUUCACAUAAUCUUUGAAUAUUGUAUAUAUUUUCUGUGGGCUAGAUUGUGUUCUGCAAGAUUCAGAAUCCUGGCUAUGCAACACUGCAGGUCUUCAUUUAUAUUGGUGCGGUGAAGGAGACAGUAAAACAGUGCAAAUCUUGCUUGUUAGUGAAUGUUUAUUAGACUUUAAAGGGAUAUGACACCCAACAUUUUGUUCUUGUGUGCUUUAGACAGAGCAUAGAAUUUUAAAACCAUUUUCAAUUUAUUUCUGUUAUCAAAUUUGCUUUGUUCCCAUGGUAUUCUUGGUUGAAAAUAUACCUAAGUUGGAGCACAACAUAGCAGGAAAUAGAGCUGCCAUUUAGUAUCUUUGCUAAUGUGUAACACUCUUGCAAAACUGCUGCCAUAUAGUGCUCCAAACACGUGCACGCUCCUUAUUUUAUGCUUAAAGGGACAGUAUACUGAAAAAUAGUUUUCUCCUUAAUGUGUUUACAAUUGCUUUUUUACCAACUGCAGAGAAAAAAAAAUGUAUGAAAAAUUAGCUUUUUAAGGUUUAUUUGUGUAUAUUAAAGCUCUGAUUUUGUGUUUUGAAGCCACAGCCUAAUAAAAUAGGUUGAGCUUGUAGGUAUAAUCCGAUCUCAUUACUGUAUCACAUUGUGCACAUAUACCUGCUUCUUUAUCUUAUAUCUGUCCAUAAAACAAUCACCAAUACUUGGAGAGAACAAUGGAAAAUCAACAUUGUAUUACCUUAUCUCUGCUAUAUCCCACUGGGAGUGUAAUUUCUUCUUCUGGUUGUGUUUACAAAGCUUAUCUAUAGCUGGUACGCGCGGCCACAAACUUUCAGAAUAGGUGGGGAUACCACAUGCUAAAUUAACAAUUUCAGAUGCCAAUAUAAGGGUAAAGGAGCUACUUGUAAACAAUUUAAUACACUCCAGCAGGUAAAGUGGAUCAUUGGGAACAAAUUAAAGGGGAGAAAUUUUUUGAGUAAACUGUCCCUUUAAAGCUUUUUAACAAAAGAGAAAAUGUGAUAAUAGAAGUUAUUUUGAAAAUUGUUUAAAAUGUCAUGCUGUUUCUGAAUCACAAAAGAAAAAUUUGGAGUUUUAUGCCCCCUUUAAUUUGUGUGCAUUAUCUUUUUUUUUUUUUAAGUCAGUUUGUAAUUUUGAAUAUAUUUAUAACAUCCUGUGUGUGUGUAUCGGUUUAUCUUUUUUAUAUUACACACAUAAUUGCUAAUAAACCAUAUGUUUUUAAAGCAAAUGUCAGAGCUGUUUGUAUUCCUUUUAUUUGACAUGAGAGUGACCCAUUUGUAGUCACAUGGCUACCUUUUUAACCAGCCAUCUGUGCUAAUUUAGUGAUUUAAUAUUAGACUUUCUUAGUUUGUUUGUUAUAACUUCCAUUUAAACCAUUCAAUUAUUUCUACAAUGUGUUUGUUUUAUUCUUCAAAACUUUUUCAGAGCAUUAUUGCAGAGUAUUUUUGUAUGACAAAAGAAAUAAAAAUUAAAUGGCAUGUAUAUAUAUGCUUUACAUCCUAAA